GCUACGGCUCGGUGACGCCGCUCUCCGCCGCCGGCAAAGCCUUCUGCGCCGCCUACGCCGCCAUGGGGGUCCCGGCCACCAUGUUCCUCCUGGCGGCCACCGCGCGUCACCUGGCCGUGCCGCUGGCCCGGCGACCCCGUGGCUACCUACAGGCGCGGUGGGGCUACAGCCGGCGCGGCGCCGCCCGCGCCCACCUCCUGGGCCUCCUGGCCGUCACCCUGGUGCUCCUGGUGCUCCUGCCGGCCACCGCCUUCUACCUGCUGGAGGCCACCUGGAGCUACCUGGACGCCGUCUAUUUCUGCGUCAUCUCGCUCUGCACCGUUGGUUUUGGUGACCUGGUGCCGGCCCGGCAGGCGCGGCAGCCGUUGAGGCAGCUCUACCAAGUGGCGGUGGCCGCGUACCUGCUGCUGGGGGUCACGGGCGUCCUGCUGCUGGCCCAGACCUUGCGCCACGUGGCCGAGCUCCACGGCGUCCCCGGCGCCGCGCCGGCACCGGACGGCGACGCCGACGGCGAGGAAGGGGCCGGCUUGUUGGAGGGGACGAGGGACGGGGCCAAAGAAGCCCGGGGGGGGCGCGACAGCGGGUAG